UUUCAUUACGACAAAGAGAUAUGAUAAUAAAGCUUUUAGCACUUGAUAAAUGGGCUCGUCUAGUAAAAAUUAUAUUUAAAAAUGGUGGUCCAUUCAAAUCAAUUAUCAAAAUGUGGCGGACAGAUACCCUAAAAGACGGCAAGUUCGUUGGAUUUGAUAAUUUCGGAAAUAAAUAUUAUGAGAAUCCAAACUACAUGAUCGGGCGUAGUCGCUGGGUCGAGUAUAGCUCUGAUGUUAAAUGGGAAUACGAUGCUAGUCAGGUGACCCCGGAGUGGUUUGGCUGGUUACAUUACAAAACAGAUCGAGUGCCAUGUGAGGACUGCGCUAAAUAUUGUCUCAUGAGUUGCCGCUACGUACAUAAAUGGUUGCUACCUCACUCGGAGAACUUUACUGGGACUGAUCAAGCAUUCUAUCCUUAUAGUACCACUAGAGCACGCAUCAAUGUUUGGGAUGGUAAAAGCUCAUGUUCACGUUUAUCAUAUUGA